GGUGUGUCUCUCUCUCUUGAAAGUGAGAAAUUUCAUCAGGCUACUGUGUACCCGUUACUGUGACUGUGACUGUGAUCAUUGUGACAUGCCGACCUGUUGACUUACCUGACACCUCAUCCUUCAAUUAAAGCGGAUAUGCAGAUACUUUGCUACUGGAAGGGAUACUGACUCUCGCCGAUCAUGGCUCGGGCAAUGAUCUGGUGGUUGUGUGGGUUCCUGGUCGCAGUUCAAUUGCCACCGGGUGUAAUUUCCAAGGCUGGCUUGUGCGAGGUCGAGACAGGCCAGUCUAACAUCAUCCUUGACAUCGAGGAGAGCAGAGGAAAUGGUCUUGACCAAGAGACAGUUCCGGCAGAACUUCCGGUUUCCGGCGACCCUUCUACCGAGACCACGCUGGAGCUGAUAUUCCCUGGCAAGCAUCCAAUCUUCACUCUGGUUGGUAAAAGGCUAAAACUUUUGGAACCCCUCGACAGAGAUGCGGAGAAUCUUUCGCACGUUGUUUUUCAGCUAACAUGUACGGUAAAAUCAACAAACAAGAAACGAACCAUUCCUAUAAUCGUCAGAGUCUCUGACGUCAACGACAAUGCCCCAAAGUUCAUCAAUACGCCAUACGAGACUACGGUGCCCGAGCUGACCCCCGUUGGAUCGACGAUCUUCAAGAACAUCAUGGCACAAGACGCGGAUGCUGGUGUCAACGGACUCGUCGAGUAUUCGAUAGCCCCUGGCGACGGGACGGGUAUUGGAAACAGUAACGGAGUUGGGCGGGACCGAAUCACCACUGCCGACGGGUACGGUUAUUUUAGCAUCAACUUACCUCAUCAGGGACAAGUCACCGUCAACCGGACACUCGACUACGAGAAGACCCAGCGUUACCUCGUCACCGUCGUCGCUUCGGACCGAGCAAGGAACGGCUCUCAAAGAUUUUCUUCGACCACCACGCUAACGGUGAACAUUAAGGAUGACGACGACCAGGAUCCGUCCUUCAUUUACCAAGGCUGCAUGCUGUCCGACGGUGCUUGCAUCAAUCCCGAAUACUCUGCAUCCGUGUCGAGUGGAAUUCUAUCGGGCAUUCUUAACAUUUCGCCAGAGAAGAUUCAAGCCGUAGAUAUGGACAGCAUUAAUGCACCGAUUCACUACUCAUUCCUCAGCGGAAACCCACCGAAUUACGGAGAAUUUUUUGAAAUCAAUCAAAAUACCGGUGCCGUGAAGCAAAUCAAGGCAGUUGACACCACGGUCACAAAGAAAUUCGACAUCAUCAUCAAGGCUGUCGAGGUGUCUGAGGCUUCGAGAUCUGCGACAGCGAAGCUGACUAUCACGGUCAAGCCUGUGGAUAGCAAUCCUCCGGCGAUCACAGCCUCAUCCGUAGAAGGUUUCGUCGACGAGAAUGCCCCUGUGGGAACUAAAGUAAUCGACCAGAAUGGCAACCCCAUAGUCCUAAAUGUUUCCGAUGCAGACCUGAGUCCGGAGGAUCCACAGCCCACCUACACAUUUGAACUGACGACCAACUUCUUCGCGAUCGACUCGUCCGGAGUACUCGUUGUCAACGAGGAGAACCUCGACCGCGACCCGCCAAGUCCUGGACGGUUUCGAUUUCAGGUUGUGGCCAGGGAAAAAUCUGGCAUCGCCGCUUCGUCGCCCUUGUCAUUCGUGGUAACCCUUAACGACGUUAAUGAUAAUGCUCCUGUUCUUCCAAUGACGGCACCGAUCACCGUACAAGCGGGUGAAACGAAGCGAGAAGUUAUCAAGGUGGAAGCCACGGAUAAUGACGAGGGUGAAAAUGCUGAGAUAACCUACAGUAUCUAUCACGUAUCGAACAACGGGAUACAGAAGUUCAAGAUCGACUCAAAGUCGGGGGUCAUAGAGUCCGUAGGGAAACUGAAUGCUGGCGAGCAGUACAGUAUCACGGUCCAGGCUACCGACAAUGGUGGAAAGUUUACACAGACCAUUGUCGAGGUGAAUGUUAUCCCGGGACCGAACACCAGGAGUCCUGUCUUCCAGCAGCCAGUCUACGAGGUCCAGGUCAGCGAAGGUGCUUCAAUAAACUCUACUGUUGCCACAAUCACCGCCAUUGAUCCAGAGAACGAUCCUGUCUCGUAUGCCAUUCUCUCUGGAAAUGACUUGCGCCAAUUUGCGAUCGGCGACAAGUCCGGAGUCAUAACUGUCAUAAGGAAACUUGACAGGGAGGAUCUUACGCGUUAUCAACUGCUAAUCAAAGCGGAGGACACUGGUGGACUAUCGAGCACAGCAACGGUCAAUAUCAAAGUGACUGACAUAAAUGACAAGAAUCCUGAGUUUGAGAACUUGCCUUACGAGUUCGCGGUCAAAGAAGGUGAAGCUAGGAAGCUGAUUGGCCGAAUACACGCUUCCGACGCCGAUGAAGGCAUCAAUGCUGAAGUCACUUAUUUCGCCCCUGACGAUAUUCCAUUUACUGUAGAUCCCGAAACCGGCGACGUUCUGACUAAAGUUGCUCUCGAUUACGAGCAAAAUCACGAAUAUAAAUUUGUGGUGACGGCCAGGGAUGGAGCUCCGGAUCCACGCCUUGCCACGGCCACGGUGACGGUCCAAGUUAUGGACGUGGAAGACGAGGUUCCCAUCUUCCACCAGAGCAGCUACGAAGCUCGAGUUAGAGAGAAUGUGCCCGACUACAUGGUCACCCAAGUGAUGGCCGAUGAUCCGGACACUAAGAAACAGGUUACCUACGUUAUCAAGCAAGGAGAUACGGAUCUAUUCAGUAUCGACUCGAAGACCGGGGUUAUUAAAACGGUCAGAGGUCUAGACUACGAACGAGACAACCAGCACAUCCUUAUUGUCGGAACAUCCGAAAACACCAGUGACUUACCCGGAGCUACGACCAGAGUCAUCGUCAAUGUUUUGGACGUGAACGACAUCCCUCCAGUCUUUACAUCAAUACCACGACCCAUCACGCUGGACGACGAUGCUCCUAUAGGAACAACGGUUAUCAAUCUUGUUGCUACGGACUCCGAUGGUACAGCUCCAGGAAACCAGGUGCGCUACGAGAUAAUCGGUCGAGGUAUCGCGAGCAAGUACUUUCUCGUAGACCCUGACACUGGAGUGCUCAGGGUGCGGGAUGACCUGCGCAAGGAGACGGACUCCGAGUACCAGGUUGACGUCAAGGCCUAUGAUCUUGGGGAACCUCAGCUGUCCUCGGUUACGACGGUGCGUAUCUCGGUGCGACACGUCGCCACUGUGCCACCCGAAAUCGGCUUGGGUUUCGCCGAGGAUUCGUACACCGUAGAGAUCCCUGAAGACGCAACUGACAACACUCUCAUUAAAACUCUGACGAUUAUCAACAACCAUGCCCAUGACACUCCACCGCUCAAGUGCGCCAUCUACAGCGGUAAUGAUGACGGAUUAUUCGAAGCCAAUAUCACGGAAGAACGAAACUGUGCCUUGAAACUCAAGAAAGGAGCGCUUGACUACGAGACCACGGAGUCGUAUCGCAUUAAAAUCAAGCUCGAAUCCCUCUCUGGUCUUGUCAAUGCCGACCGGAACACAACCAUGGUUAAGAUCCAGGUGCUUGACGUAAACGAUAACAAGCCAAACUUCGUCUUCCCAGAAGAAGGCCGAGCGCUUACGAAAGGCAGAUACUUCGCGGCGAUUCCAAGGUCGGCGCAAUUCUCGUCGACAGUUGUUCAGGUGAAGGCGCAAGACAAGGACAACGGAAAAUACGGAAAGCUGGAGUACAAGAUACUGAAAGGCCGUGGUUCUGACUACUUUGCGAUAGACGGCUUUUCCGGUAUCAUCCGGACGGCGAGCACUUUCGACAAUGUCGACAACUCGGAACUCCCAUUCAAAUUCAACGUCCAAGUCAGGGACAAUCCGAACUCAACAACUGAUUCGAACGCCAUUGAGGCACCGGUGAUCGUAAAUUUGAUUGGACGGGAAAACCUCCUGGUCCUCGUUGUCCAGGAUGCAUCAACCGAUGUACUCCAGAAGGAAGUGCCCAAGAUCGCGGCCGUCAUCGAGGAAAAGACUGGACUCCUAGUCGGUGUUGAAAGAGUAGCCGUCCGGCAUUCAAUCACCAAGAAUGGCACCGUUGAGACCAUUCCAGGGGACUCAGAUUUCUAUUUCUACGUGAUCGACCCCGUCACCGAGAAAAUCCUCGAAGGAAACAGCUCGCAGAUGCAAAGAGUACUUUUGAACAAGCCUGCCGUUUCCAACAUCACCUUUGACGUGUCCACCCUCAUCCACGCAACUGCCACCGAUAUCCACGUGCCCGUGUCGCUACCUGAACCCGUCGUCAAGCAGACCACCAUUGCAUUCAGCGGCGAAGUCUUUCCUUAUGCUCUGAUUGUCAUCGCUUGCAUUAUUCUUGUCCUCGGAAUCGCUGGGAUCAUUUACAUUUGCGUGUCCUGGUCAAGGUACAAAGCUUACAAGGAGCGCAUGCAAAGGAUGUAUGUAGUGCCGAGGUACGAUCCUGUUUACGUAGAGCCCAAUCUCAAGGAGUACGAGACUCAAGUAUUGCAGAUGAGUGUCCCGAUCGAUGACAACGACAGCUAUAAUGAUCUACAGCUUGAUUUUAGCAACAAGAAUCACGCUUUUAGUCUCGACAACGUGAGCUACAUAACAAAGGAUCACGGAGGUAGUACCGGUCAGCAAAGUCCGGUGAGCUCGGAGGCAGCAACGACAGCGCGAGCCUCCAGCAUAGCUGGAAACCAUGGCGAAUCCAACGCCCAAUCGUUGCGUCGCAACACCCUUGGAAGAAAAAACGUGAACCUGAAUAACAUGAACAAUAUGAACAAUAUGAACAAUAUGAACACGCUGAAUAGUCACAGUAACUUGAGCCACGACACGCCGGUGCUCAACCCGCUUUACAGCCACGGCGAUGACCUGCUCAACCCGAGUUCGUCGAACGACAACGUCACGUUUCGGGAAAGAAAGGACUAUUCCCAUUUGGGAUUCACUUAUCUGGGUGACCAAAGCCCCGUGGAAACUACGACCGAGUUGUAGUGAGCCAUCGCGAUGAAAAUCCCGAGAGAAAACGGCCACAAACGUUGAUGAUAUGGACGCUGAUUCCAUUUGGCGUCCAACGAGGAAACGCGGCGAAGCCAAGAAGAUUCGCUUUGAUCGUAUCAAGUUCCUUGAGAAUCGAAAAGUUUGCGACAAAAGGAUUCGCGACGAUUGAUGACAAUUGAUGAAAGACAACACCGUAAGCGGUUGUUGCAAGCGUGUAAAUUACUAAGUGUUAGAUUGACAUCAUUGGCAUGGACAUUAUUUUGGAAGUGUGACACUCGUUAGAUCGCGAAGUGGAUUAUAUGAUCGGAUAAAUAAAUUGGACCGAACUUAAGUGUCGAAGAUAACAUGGACGGAGAACGACGUCGUCAUCGCGAUAAUACUUAUAUGACUGUAAAGUGUACUUAACUACUAUUAUACGUUUUUUUAUCCACUCCAGAAAGUGAUGCACUUGUGUAAUACACACAGCUGGGGAUUUUGUUUUUGUUUGUUGCUAUUUUAUUAUUGAAAAUAUUGUAAAAAUAAUUGAUCGAGUAAUUGUUUAUACAGCGAAUGUGUGUAUGCUGAUGUUGGACGGAAAUCUUUUUUUUUAUUGUUAUUAGUUUUAUU